AUGUACGCGUCACCGCUGUACUUUCGCCAACUCCACACGGACGCCCGCACGGUGAACUACACCAACACGGUGCUGGUGCGGCGCAACAACCGCCACUGGUGGUUGGGCUACGUGCAGGACCUUGACGGCGACCGCUUCCUCAUUGACUUCGACGCCAGCAGCCUGCGCCGCAGAUGGAUCCCCUCCCGUCACGUCUGGCCACACCCUCUCCUCCCGCGGGCGGUCCCUUGCCCGCGCGGCCUUUCCAUCCACGUGGCAGUCCGGGAAACCCCCGAGUUACCGAUGGUCUUCCGCCCCGGGACCAUCACCCACGAAGUGGCGGACCUCUUCCACGGCGUCCGCCUCGAGGGCGGGGACCCGACCUCCCCCGCCCUCAUCGUCGACCAGUGCCAGUUCGUCAGCACCCUCCCGCCGCGCCACAGUAAGCGGAGCUUCGCCAGCGGGAAUACGACGUUCGUCUACCGCAAGCACGUGGUGAAUUUCGAGCAGGCGGGGUUAUUGCGGGAUGUGGCGUUGUUGCCGAAAUUCGCGGGGCGGACGUGCCGGAUCACGCUGGGUGCGGGGGACACCGUGUGCGACGCCAGCUGCCAGUUCGCCCGGUCGUUUGCGGUGGGCUCGGGGGAAUCGACAUUCCACUGUACCGGACUGCAUUUACCCUCGAUGCCCCACGAUAUCCGGGCGAUCUAUACCUUCAAUGUGGGCUGCCGGAUGUUCGCGCGGGUGGACACGGGGACCGUGACCUUUGUGUGCGCCGAAGUGCACGGGAAUGCCGCCGGAAGGAGUAUGUUCUGGACCGAGGAGGCCCUGCGGGAGGCCUGUCAGGACUGCGUGGCAGCGCAGCAGCCACGCCUAUCGCCCAGUAUUAGCAGUGAGCAUGGCGCAAUGGACAACUUCCAAUCUGACGAAGAAGAAGCCCAUAUCAAUGAGCUUCCAUAUACGAUUCUGGCAGACAUACUUCUUCAAGGCGAUAUGUUUACUCAACAGCGACUAGAUCGAGUGUGCACUAUGUGGAGACUUCUCUUGGAAGAUUACGCCAUGGCCAGAGAGCGCCUCCGCGUUCUCGAUAUCUCAUGGCUACUCGCGGAAAAGCCCGUGGAUGAAGAAUUCAACGUCGAAUGCCAUUAUCAAACUUACCAACUCGUGACGAAGCUGGACCGCAGCUUGACCGUAUUGACACCGAUCCUGGCGUUAGUGGACACGGCGGGCUGUUUCGAUCCAACUAAGAAACCAGAUGGGCGGGACGCAGCCGGACAGGCUCAUUGUAUUAGGAGGCACGAGUUUUUCGACCGAAUGCAGCUUAUCCGCCAUUCCCUCAAAGCCCAAAAUCAUCGUGUCCCGCUGAUCAUCAUGCAAAACAGCGGUGAUCGUCCGGAGCUGAACGUGGUGCUGUUGGAUAUCGGACCCGUGGGAGAGGAGACUGACCAGUACGAGUGCCGGGCAUUGCGCCAGUGGAUGGGGGCGUGUCGGCAGCUGCUGCUCGUUAACUACACCGCCGCUCUUCCAACGGGUUGGCAUAGGUCCCUACUGGAUAAGCUGUUCUGUUACGGUGCCGGUGACCGGACAUGGUUGGAGGAUGGGCACCGGGCGGAGGAGGGCGAGUAUGAACGCGGCGCACAUCUGCCCAUCAGCAUUCCCUUCCUGCGUUUCCACUGCACGGAGAAUGCCGCGGAACAGUGUCGGCGUUUCAUCGCGUCGGUUAAUGACCACUGUCCGGCCGUUAGGCAGCAGAUGAUCGAAAAGGUCACGGGGGUGUUGGCACGCUGGGUGCAGACGCUGGCCUAUCCCAACCAGUGGACCGGGAUUCGCAUGUUUCUCAACCUGUUCAGCAGUAUUGGCCCAGAUGGCAGUCCUCAGUCGUGGGAUAAUGCUGAUUUGAGACAAUUGAAUGUGGCUAUGCUCAGUCGCUUAGCCAUGCACAUUCUGGACGAAUACUUCAAAGACUGAUCAAGCAAAAAAGACUGCAUGCCACCGAUAAAACCAGCAUGCAUGCCACAUAUUCUUUAGGCUCCAAAAAUUAUCACUACUUAGUGUAUCAUAUCUGUUGGUUUAGAUUCAUUUUACCUCGAGUUAUGGACCGUUAGAAACCUUAGAAAAAUAUAAUACAAGAAAGCAAUGUAUCGGGGUAUUGUGUCUUCUGCGGUUGUUUUUUGCACCAGAACUCAGCAGAAGACAAUUUACUGCCGUAUAAGAAUCGACGUUGUUUUAGUGUGUGCGUAUUUGUGCUUAGAAUUUCUUAUGCCUGAGCGAACGAUACUGCAUUUAGUAAUUUUCUACCGCUACCUUGAACUUGAAUGCAUGCAUGUGUUUCAGUG